AUGGAACAUCAUUCGCACCGCUCCGACACAGACUCGAUCGUGUCUGCCACCGACGAGGUCACAGAACCUGAAUAUCUAUCCGAGCAAGUUUUGGCAGAGCAAGUUUUGAUGUUGAAGGCAGAAAUCAGAGCAGCGCGCGAGAAGGACCUCGAAACCCUGAGCCAAAUCACAAAGGUCAUACUGCUCGUGGUUCAGAAAGCCGACAUUAUUGCCGCCACCAACAGCCUGCACAGCGAGGCUACAUUGGCCACAGCGCAGGAUGUGUUUUGGAUAAAGUGCUGGAUCGUGGCAGUUGGCCUUGUCGCUCUGCUGGAUCUUCUUCCCAUGCUGCAAAAGAACGUCGUGGUUCUCGGGGAUUACAUAUAA